AUGAUCACUGCCUCUUCGUUCCUUGUCUCGCGCCAGCGGCAAUCUCAACGUCAUUCCUCCCAUCCCAAGCAGCAACUCUACAAGCCAACAGCAACGCCUCCACACAUGCAAAUUCACCUACCGCUCUCGAAACUCGAUGACUUUUCAUCCGAUCCAACUUUGACAACUCCUAUCACGACAUCGUUACCAUCGCCUUCUUGGCGCCCAGAAUCAGGAUCCUUUCGUGUUAAGGAUGCCCAGGAAACACAAAGCCGAUACACCAACACCAACAACACCACCAUAAAACCCGUUAUCGAAAUGCCUUCUACCGCUCCCUACGUCCAGGCAAUGCCUUCGAGUCCCGUUCAGAUCCCCGUGAGGCCAAAGUCUCGUGACGCCGCCCAUCAGCAGAAGCAGAGGAGACACCACUCCGCGCACCGUCCCAAGGAUGUGCACUCCCCCGAUGCCAUUCCGCCCUCGAUGGCCGCCCUACUAGCCAUGACGAGCAUCCCCAAACCAAGGGCUGCCCGAAGCGCUCGUCAGGCCAAGACGCUCCGGGAGAGGAGGAUGACAGUCGAGUCCAUCAUUGCCCAGUCACACGAAUCUGAGAAGGAGUUCAGUCUGUCGUUGGGUAACAAAGGCCCUAUGGACCUGCUUCUUACGCCACCCGAGCUUUUGGAGGAUGACGAUUCUUCCUCCAUUAGUGAUAGCAACAUUGGAUCCCUACUUUCGGCCAGGACCAUCUCUUCAGACUCGAUGCCAUCGCUCAGCGAUUCUUUCGACACUGACACGCUGUCGUCACUGGAAACACCCCCUACACCAUACCGGAAACGCAAGAUCCACCCAACCCGGCGGUCCUUGGAGCCCGUAUCUUCCCCCAUGGGAGAUCUGGAGGACCACCCAUUGUCAUCUCCCGAGAUUGUGGAUGAUGAGUUGGAUUUCAGCGUUUUCGAGGACAAGCCAGAAGACGUGGAGGAAAAGAAACAGUCCAUGCUCGCGUUCAAGCCCUUCAAGUCGGCCUUCAAGUCGAAUCUUACUGCGUCGUUGCGUGCGCUUCGUCAGGCUGCCAAGUCCUUUUCUACGCUAAACUUCCCCUCUAUUCCUCCGGAGGACUUUCUAACCCGAUCGAUCUUGACACUCGACCCACAAGUCCCUUUUACCGACGAACGCAGGCCUCCGCUACUCGAGGAGGAGCCGACGGCCGCUCUUCGUCGCUACCUUAACCCGACUACGACCGUUCGGCUGGAGCAGCCUCAUUCUGCCAACCAGGCGCCGACUACCAAAACCUUCACGGCGUCUAUCCAGAUGCAAACGUAUAGGGUCCAGCGAGCCCGGGGUUCCUCUGCUUCCUCCGGCCGGAUCCCUUGCCCAUCCGUUGGCCUCUCAUCCACGGCGCAGACGCAGCAACCCUCCAAUGCCAAACCCGAGUAUCCUAUGCCUGGGCCAAGGCAGCGCGAGAUACGUGAGAACUCGGAUUUCAUCCGCAUUGCAGUGAUGGAGAUGGCGAUGCGGAAAUGCGGCAAGCUUGAUGACCAGAAGCCGGGCCGAGCUCGAUGGGCGCUUCCUCCCCGUAAGACGAGCACGAAGCCGUAUGUGGUUGGGACCGAUGGGGUGCCUGCUCGAUGGGUCGCCGUCACUUACACGUACUAG